AUGCCUUCUCGUCAAGUUGCAGAGUAUGGGACGUUUAAGAGUCCCAUUGAGCCAGAGAGCUUUGCAGCGUCGGGUUCAGUGGUCUUGAACCAGCUGUGCGUCAAUCGAGAAAAUGGCAAGAUCUAUCUCCUUGAGAUACGACCAGACGAGGGAGGGAGAGGUGUCAUCGUCGAGCACUAUAAUGGUCAGAGCAGAGAUGUUCUACCCAGACAAUACAACUGCUUGUCUCAAGUUCAUGAGUAUGGCGGGGCCUCCUUUGCCUUCAAUGAGUCGACAGGACAUAUUAUAUUCACAGAUUGGGAGACCAAGGGUGUUUUUGGCCUCGACCCUGACGCGGGCGAAACAAUCCCUAUCGUGACAGCGGAUCCCAAGAUAUACUACGCCGACUUUGCUAUCCACCCUCACCAUUCUCAGUUCACCGUCGCCAUCAAAGAGGAUCACCAUGCGUCCAAGAUUGCCGAGAUUCAAAACUCUCUUGUGGUGAUUGACUCGUCCACAAACGAGGUCCGGCCUCUGGCCACGGGUGCCGACUUUUACACGUAUCCGAGAUUCAGUCCUGACGGGACGAAGAUAUGUUGGAUCCAAUGGAAUCACCCCAACAUGCCUUGGGAUUAUACAGAGCUAUGGCUCGCUGACUGGGACCAUGGCAUUGCCAAAAACCCUAAAUGUAUUGCAGGCCAGCAGACCAAGGCUAGCAUAACCCAGCCACGGUGGGGUGAUGAUGGAGUGUUGUACUUUGUCUCGGACCAGACCGAUUUCUGGCAAAUAUAUUCAUUUUCCGGCGGUGAAGCACAACAACUCGUCCUGGCGGGCCUAGAGGAUGCCGAAUUUGGAUUUGCAGAUUGGUUUUUGGGAGGCUCUUCCUACUGCCUCCUGAGUCCUUCCACCAUGGUGGCUGUUUUCACCUACCAAGGCCGCUGCAAUACCAUUCUUGCAGAUACACGAACACUCGAAUGGCGGGAUCUUAGCUGUCCUAUCGUCGAGAUAACGAUCGACGCCGUUAAGCCGGUGUCUGACACAUCGUUCGCCAUCAUAGGCGCGACUACCUCCCUUCCGAUGCUGGCAACGGUGAUUGAUAUCAAUGACCAAGGACUCGGAACAAUCCUGCAAAAGUCCGUCCCGACAUCCCUUUCAGAAGACUAUGUUUCUCUUCCACAGCCUAUUACAUUUCCACGGAUCCACGGUCCCGGCGGGGGCGAGGCGUAUGGUCUUUUUUAUCCACCGAAUAAUCCGCAAUUUGAAGCCCCAGCCGGGACGCUUCCACCCCUCAUUGUUGCUGUUCAUGGAGGUCCAACAUUCCAAGAAGGCCCGGGCUUCUCACUUCGCGAUCAAGCACUUACAACCAGAGGCUAUGCGUUGGUACAAGUCAAUUACGUUGGAAGCACCGGUUACGGGCGUCCGUACCGCAACCUCCUCGCCGGCCAAUGGGGGGUUAGCGAUAUCGCCGAUGCUGUUUCUGCUGUCGAGUAUCUGGUUCAACAAGGGCUUGUUGACAAAUCACGGGUUGGUAUCACUGGCCACUCUGCAGGCGGCUACGCAACAAUGCAAGCACUGGCCAAAUACCCUUCGGUAUGGGCUUGCGGAGUCGCCGAAAGUGGAAUAUCGGAUAUGAAGCUCCUCGUCGAGGAGACGCACAAAUUCGAAUCUCAAUAUCUCUCGCCGUUGUGUUAUCCUCCUGGUGCCUCGGCUGCAGAGAAAGAAGCUAUCUUGAAGGACAGGAGCCCCUUGACCCACGCUUCAGAGAUCAAGAGUCCGCUGCUGAUUAUCAGUGGAGCGGAUGAUGCUAUUGUGCCGCCAAAUCAGGCAUACAACCUGGCGAAGAUCGUCAAAGAGGCCGGUACGACGGUGGAUAUCAAGGUCUAUGACGGCGAAGGGCACAUAUUCAAUAAAGGAAGCACGCUAAGUGAUAUCGAGCGGAGGCGGUAUGAGUGGUUCGGGAAAUAUCUGACAAGGGCAGCUCCAUCAUAG